AUGUUCCACAACACCACCAACAACCACCACGCCGUAACCAUCUCCGACGACGAAACCGAUGAACUAGGUCGUAUGCGCGUUCGCGCUCGCCGGAAACGGAAGAAACUCGGCAACCGUCGAUUAAUCAGGAAGCUUCUAGUCAAAUACUGGAUGCUACUCGUCAUUAUUCCAGCUGCGUUUUUGCUGUUCUACGAGGCAACACGAAUUGGUCUAAGACCUAGUGCUUCUAAAAAUAUUGCAACAGCAUCUGGUAAUCAAGAUGAUGAUCGAUCUAGUCCUACAUUGGUUCAAGGAAUGCAUGUCAAAAGUAAUUUGAAUCGCCUUGAUCCUACUACGCAUGUUGUUGCUGGUAUUAGAGAACGUUGCUUGAAGCUUCUACCACCUGAAAAACUUGAGCAACUAGAGAUUCCCGUGGAAGAAGAAUCUAGUUUACCUAUUCGUGAAGUCUUGUACGUGUCAGGGAAUGAUUUGUCUUUUGAAGGAGAAAAUGCUACAUUGUCUCAAUUGCGUGCGGAGGAUACAAGGUUUAAUUUAUUUACUGGAAAUCAAACAUUUGAGGAAAGAGAUAGAAGUUUUGAGGUGAAAGAAACUACAUCGGCACAUUGUGGGUUCUACAGUGUGGAUGGAGGAUUUAGGAUAUCUGAUGAAGAUAAAAGUUUCAUGCAAGGUUGCAAAGUGGUGGUUUCUACUUGUGCAUUUGGUGGUGGAGAUGAUCUCUAUCAACCAAUUGGAAUGUCAGAGGCUUCACUUACAAAGGUUUGCUAUGUAGCAUUCUGGGAUGAAAUCACACUAAAAGCACAGGAAUUAGUGGGUCGCAGAGUUGGGGACAAUGGAUUUGUAGGAAAGUGGCGUGUUGUUAUCGUUCAGGAUCUUCCUUUUUCUGAUCAAAGGCUGAAUGGUAAAAUACCAAAGAUGUUAACCCAUCGUCUUUUCCCUCAAGCAAAAUACUCUAUUUGGGUAGACUCCAAGUCCCAAUUUAGGAGGGACCCACUAGGUGUGUUGGAAGCACUCCUCUGGCGUACAAAUACUAUACUUGCCAUAUCAGAACACGGAGCUCGUAGCAGUGUCUAUGAAGAAGCCAAGGCUGUUGUCAAGAAAAACAAAGCCAAGCCGGAGGAAGUUGAAGUGCAACUGAAUCAAUACAAAAAAGAUGGCUUGCCUGGAGACAAAAGGUUUGAUGGAAAGAAAGCUCUAUGUGAAGCCUCUGUUAUCGCGAGGAAGCUCACACCGCUAUCUAAUCUGUUGAUGUGUGUCUGGUUUAAUGAGGUGGUUCGCUUCACUUCUAGGGAUCAGCUCAGCUUCCCGUAUGUUCUGUGGAGGUUGAAAGCAUUCAAAGACAUCAAUACGUUCCCUGUCUGCACGCGCAAGGAUUUGAUCAAUAGCAUGGGCCACAUCCGCAAGGCAAGACCACUGCAAAAAUGA